AUGGAGAGUAUUCGAUUAUUAUUUCAAAAACAUGGUGGAAGCGAAUAUUACGGUGAACCUGUAACGCAAUUUCAGCAUGCAGUGCAAGCAGCAUACUGUGCCGAACAAUACGCUCCAAACGAUGCGGAAUUGAUCAUUGCUGCAUUUCUUCACGAUAUUGGACAUUUGUUGGGUGAAAAACAAGAAGAUCUAAUGGGUAAUUUGGGUGUACUUCGACACGAACAUGUUGGUGCGGAAUAUCUUCGUGAGAAGAUCGGCUUAUCAGAACGAAUAUGUUAUCUCGUGAAGAAUCACGUCAAUGCAAAACGGUAUUUAACUCAUGUCGAUAAGGAUUAUUACAAUCGUUUAUCGGAUGCAUCGAAACAAACACUUGUGUAUCAAGGUGGACCGAUGAAUAACGAAGAAGCAGAAGAGUUUCGUUCGCAUCCCGAUUUUGAACUGUGCCUUCGAAUGCGUACAUUUGACGAAGCAGCAAAGGACACUGGUUUCGAUCAAUAUGACGAAAAGGCUGAACAGUAUUGGACUUUAGUCAAGAAGCAUCUGAAAGAGACUCGUAUUGAUUGA